AUGCAGAGACAUUAUGUCAUGUACUAUGAGAUGUCCUACGGGCUGAACAUUGAAAUGCACAAGCAGGCAGAGAUUGUCAAGAGACUGAGUGCCAUCUGCGCCCAGAUUAUACCCUUUCUAACUCAGGAGCACCAGCAGCAGGUCCUGCAGGCUGUGGAGCGGGCCAAGCAGGUGACCAUGGGGGAACUGAACAGCAUCGUCGGGAGCAUUUCUGCUUCCCCUCCCGAGAGUCUGCAGGACGAGGAGCAGACAGGAGGCACAGGGCUGAAGCAGAAGCGGGAAGAGAAGGACCUGCCUGGGCAUUACGAUAGCGAUGGGGACAAGAGUGACUACAACCUUGUGGUGGAUGAGGACCCCCCCUCAGAGCCCGGCAGCCCUGGCUGCACACCCAGCAGCCAGUUCCCACCAGCCCGCAGGGAGAUGCCUGAGAGCCCUGCCUCCAUCGCCUCUAGCCGGAGCACAACACCCCUCAAGCUGAAGGACCAGAGUCUGACUGACCCUCCAGCCAGCGCUCCUACCUCCAAGCCCUCUGCUUCCUCACCGCCCCGUGACUCCCUCACGCCCAGCCCUGGCCCCAGCUCGGCCGCCCUGCUCCGGCAGCCCCCCACCAAGGCACCUGCCACUGACACCAUCACUCUCCGCAGCCCGCUGAGCAUGUCCAGCCCCUACAUGUCCUCCUUUGGGAUGGUGCCUCAUGCCACCCUCAACGGGGAGCUUCCAGCCCCCAGCAUGUACAUGGGAAUCCACCUUUCGCCGCAGGUCAGCAGCGCCGUGAUGUACGGCCGGUCCCCAAUGGUGGCUUUUGAGUCACACCCUCACCUGAGGGCUUCCACCAUCUCAUCUUCACUCUCCACCAUCCCUGGAGGGAAACCUGCCUACUCCUUCCAUGUCAGCGCUGACGGGCAGAUGCAACCGGUGCCUUUCCCACCCGAUGCCCUCAUUGGCUCCGGCAUCCCCCGCCAUGCGCGGCAGCUCCACACCCUGACCCAUGGUGAGGUGGUCUGCGCCGUCACCAUCAGCAGCUCCACACAGCACGUCUACACUGGGGGCAAGGGCUGUGUGAAGGUGUGGGACGUGGGGCAGCCGGGUACCAAGACGGCCGUGGCUCAGCUGGACUGCUUGAACCGUGACAACUACAUCCGCUCCUGCAAGCUGCUCCCCGAUGGCCGGAGCCUGAUUGUGGGGGGGGAGGCCAGCACCCUCUCCAUCUGGGACCUGGCGGCCCCCACGCCACGUAUCAAGGCUGAGCUCACCUCCUCUGCCCCCGCCUGCUACGCCCUGGCCAUCAGCCCCGAUGCCAAAGUCUGCUUCUCCUGCUGCAGUGACGGCAACAUCGUGGUGUGGGACCUGCAGAACCAGACCCUGGUCAGGCAAUUUCAAGGCCACACAGAUGGUGCCAGCUGCGUUGGGUACUGCCCGACGGGAGAGUGGCUGGCGGUGGGCAUGGAGAGCAGCAACGUGGAGAUCCUGCACGUGACCAAACCAGACAAGUACCAGCUGCACCUCCAUGAGAGCUGUGUCCUCUCCCUCAAAUUUGCCUCCUGCGGGAAGUGGUUUGUGAGCACAGGGAAGGACAACCUGCUGAAUGCCUGGCGGACGCCCUAUGGAGCCAGCAUCUUCCAGUCUAAAGAGUCCUCGUCGGUGCUGAGCUGUGACAUCUCCGUCAACAACAAAUUCAUCGUUACGGGUUCGGGCGACAAGAAGGCCACAGUGUACGAGGUGGUGUACUGA